UCGGCCAGCAGCCCAGGCUACCAGCACAAGAUAAGUGGAUAACCCCAUCGCUUCCACCGGCUUCCACCGGUCUAGCAGCUCUCCUCGUCCAGCCAGAAUCCAGGCAGCCAUGGCGUCGUUAGCCCUCAGGCCCAUCAUGCCAGCAGCCGCCGCGGCCGCUUCCACGACCACAUCUCUCAACCGCGCCCGCCGCGGCAGCUCUACCCUUCUCCGUCGCCGGCAGCCAGUCACGUGCAUGGCCGAGAGCAGCGGCGGCGGCAACAGCACCGUGGAGCUGGCCGCCGGGGCGGCGGGGCUGGCGUCGUGCGCGACGGUGGCGUGGUCCCUCUACACCCUCAAGGCGACGGGCUGCGGCCUGCCCCCGGGCCCCGGCGGCUCGCUGGGCGCGGCGGAGGGCGUCAGCUACCUCGUGGUGGCGGGCCUCGUCGGCUGGUCGCUCACCACCAAGGUGCGCACCGGGUCGGGCCUCCCGGCCGGGCCCUACGGCCUCCUCGGCGCCGCCGAGGGCGUCGCGUACCUCACCGUCGUCGCCAUCGCCGCCGUGUUCGGGCUGCAGUUCUUCCAGCAGGGGUCGCUCCCGGGCCCGUUGCCGUCGGAGCAGUGCUUUGGGUAGGAAUGCAUGGCUGAUGUUGUGAAUCGUGUGAGACUCUAGUGCGUGUUGCUGGUUCAGAUUUGUAACCUGUAAUCGGUUUGACCAAGCAUUCUAAGCAUGUUCUGUGUGCGAUCGUAA